UCUCUUUCAACAUAUUCAAUAUAUUCGAAAAAAAUAUAUAAAAGAGAAAUGGAUGAAGAACUAAAUGGGGAACAUUUGGAUCGCCAUUUUAUGCAGCAAGUCAAGGAAUAUGAAACGGUAUUCAGGACCAAAGCCUGCCCAUCGGAUCAGGAGAUCAUAAUGUGUUGGCUGCGCAUCCUUACGGCGGCACCCGAGUCCCAGAAACUGGCCAGAAAUUGCCUAAUGCUGCUCAUGUAUGGGCAUUUAAAUGAGAUCGGCUAUUUGCAGAAACCCUUCACGGAUAUGCGCAAUUUUGGCAAGGAUCUCAAUGACAUAUUGGACAGCUAUAAGGGAUUGCCGGUGCCCAGUGCAGUCAAGUCUACUAAAAAGGAAGCAGAGACAAGCAAAGAUGAAAGGGAAAUAGAAAAGUCCUUCAGGGAUAUGUACAUUGUAGGAAAGAGUCAACAUAAAAUAAUGGAUAGCUAUAAGGGACUGCCAUUAUUCAAGGAAGAUAAGUCUACUCAAAAGGAUGCUGUUGCAGGCGAAGCCGAGACAAUUAAGGAUAUAAGAGAAAGGGAUAAACAUUUCAGGUAUAUGGACAUUCCAGGGAAGAAUCGUAAGAAAAUAUUGGAUAAUUAUAAAGGACUGCCAUUAAUCAAGGAAGACAAGUCUACUCAAAAACAUGUUGCUUUUUGCGAAGCAGAAAUAGAUAACCAUGUUGGAGAAAAGGAUAAGCCUAUCAAGGAUAUGCACAUUGUAGGGAAACAUCGUUAUAAAAUAUAUGAUAACUAUAAAAUACUGACAUUAUCGAAGGAGGACAAGUCUAAUCAAAACGAUGUUGUUCUAGACAAAGCAGAGGCGGGUAAGGAUCUCAAGGAAGAACAGAAAAGGAAUAACAUCGAAGAAAGGACUUGUAAUAAAACAAAGGGACUCCCAAUAUCCACGGAAGACAAGUCUACUCAAUAUUAUGCUGCUGCAUGCGAAGUAUGUGAAAAGAAGAAGGCCUUCGUUGUUGGGAAGAAUCGAAUUGAUAUAUUGGAUAGGUCUGAGGAACAGCCACUAAUCAAUAAGGACCAAUGCACCCAAAAGGAUGCUUCUACGGGCACAGAAACUCUUCACGAAUGUGCGAAACUUUGGCAAGAAUUGUAAUGAAAUAUUCGAAAACUAUAAAGGAUUGCCGACUUUAGAGCCACAGGAGAAAGAUAAAUCAACUCAACCUCUUAAGAAUAGAAUGCUGCUUGUUAAUGAAAACCCAUUCCUUCAAAAUGCGGCAGUAGCUCUCAAAGCAAAGAAAUGUGAUGACUUAGAGAGUAAAGCACUGCCAUCCAAGAAUUAUCCUGUUUCAAAUAAUCAGCAAAAGACUAAAAAGAUAAUGGCAAUACACAACUAUCUACCAGAGGUGAAAUCAGCUAAACCUCAAGUAGCUACUAAGAACGAUGAAAAUAGUUACAAGGACAUCAACGAAUCAAUUUUACACACUUCAAUUGGGGCCGAGGCAUACGAAACAUUUGAUUCACAUCAUUUGUACACACGAGCUGCAGCCAAUCCUAUGCAGGAAUUGAACAAAAUAAUUGAUGCCGUAAUCAAAAAUGAGAAUAUAAGAAAAUCACAAAUGUCAAUUAAAUCGAAGGCUAUUAAGAAAACCAAACGAGCCAAGAAUCAGAAAAUGCCAAAUGAAAAUAAUGAUUACGAAUUGACGCAACCCGUUGUCAGACGAUUCACAAAACAGAAUAGAGCAACUCGAUCGGAUCCUUGAAAGAGUUGUUUGCGUUACAAGAAUUCCUGUUAAAUAAGUCUAAACUUAUUAAAAAGAAGGACCCGCUGGUCACUUGGCUUGAAGUAGUUCAUUUAACGCCAGCUGUUCAUUAAUUAAUUUAAAUUGCUCGCUUUAUUAAAUUACAACCUGGUCAAAGCAACAAUAGCAGAAAGAAAGUAAGGAAAGGGAUG